AUGAGUUGGGUUACAAUAUUCAAAAGCCUUUUGAUAAUAGCAAUAAUUCCACAUCUCGCCUGUGCGUCUGCCUGUCAAACUGAUGAAUCUGCUCAUAUCCUUUUGAUACAAAAGAUCGGGAGACUUGGCUUCCCUUAUGCAAGGUUUCUCCAAUAUCUCAUGUAUAAUGUGAAUCGUGGUUGUUUUGUUUCGGAAAACCCAUACGAAAAUAUUCAACAGUCAAUAGGCUCUGGUGGUAUUAUACUUGCCCCCAGUGUGGUGAGCUCAGUAGAUUUUACUCAGACAAAUCCUUUUUAUGAAAAAUCAACUCGUACAUUGUAA